CUUUAGACUCAGCGCCCAAAGAAUGGAUGAAACAUUUAGAAAUCUUGGAGAACGAUGAACUCAAUGAUUUUGUGGUAGAAAAGACAAUAAAGAUGCAAAAGAAUCAACCGAUUGCCACCUGUGUCUCUGUUACUUCCCGCGGAAUUGCCAGAAAAUUUUAAAACAGGUCUAAGCCAGAAGAAACAACACGAAAUAAUGCAUUUGGCUAAUCUAGUGCACGCGCAAUGCAAAUCACAUGGUACAGAAACGAUAGUUGAUCUGGGUGCAGGUCUGGGAUACAUGUGCCAAAUAUUGCAUUGUUUGUACGGCUAUCAAGUUCUCGGAUUGGAAAGGGACAAGGAAAAUGUCAACAGAGCUCGCGCGAGACAGUGCAAAUUUUAUUCCGAUUCCUUGGCUAAAGUUAAAUACGUUCAUUGCGAAGUAACAUGCGACUCUGCCGACACGAUAGAAUCUACUUUGCGACGCGAAUUUCCCGACGUUUCGACGAACGUCUGUCUGAUCGGUCUGCACGCCUGUGGAGAUCUCAGUAUAAACGCGUCGAGACUCUUUUGCAAAAUGAAAUCUGUCAAACUCUGCAUCCUGAUUUCUUGCUGUUAUCACAAACUUUCGAUCUGCGACAACGCGCGGAGUUCGACGCAAAGGAAGCAGUAUUUUCACAAUUUUCCUACUUCCGCCUCUUUGCGAGAAGUGAUCGCGACGUGCGAUUUUGACGUAGGGCAAUUUUUAAGAGUGCCCUUCUUACGACUGGCGUGUCAGGAAUCGGCGGACAAGUGGCGCGACAUGUCCAGAGAGAAACACGACGAGCAUUCGUUUUACGUUCUCGCCAGAGCCGUGCUGGAAUUGUAUUCUCAACGAAAUAAUCUCGUUCUCAAGAAAAAGGUUCGAAAAAGCACGAGAAAGUCGCAGUGUUCGAAUUUUCAAAGCUACAUUAAAGACUCGUUAUUAAGAUACGAUCUGGUAUCGGACAUGAACGCAAAGUUAACAGAGCGCGACGAGUUGGAGAAAGACAUAACGCAAAUGUGGGAAAAAGAAAAGAGAAGAUUGAAAGAUGUGGAAAUUUACACCGGAUUACAAUUGAUGCUACAACUUCCGGCAGAAUCGUUUAUUCUGCAGGAUCGAUUAUGCUGGUUACACGAACAGGGCUUGGAAGCUACUAUCGUACCUGUGAUGGACAAAUGUAUAUCUCCUCGUUCGUAUGCGAUUGUAUCUCAUAAAUGAUACAUUGUUUAUUACAUUUUCGAUGAAUAAAAUACAUACAUAAAAUACAAGUGUACGAAUGUUUCGAUUGACAUUUGAACACGAGUACUUGUUAGUUGAAAAUAUAUAACAUUGAAUAUAAUAAACACAUGUUAGUUGAAAAUAUAUUAU